AACGAAGUUGAUUGAUGAGAGAGAAAGAAAAGGAAAUCACGGUACAGCCAUAAAUAAAAAGAUGAAAGGUGGGGAAGGGGAAGCGGAAAAGAAGGAAAAAUUGGUAGAAAAGUUGAAGAGAGAGGUAUUGGUAGGGAAAAGUAAAGGCCCUUCUACUCCAUUCCACUCUUCUUCUAAACUUUGGCUUUUGGGUCCUAAUAAUAGUAAUAGUAAUAUUGCCGUUAUUCAAGACCACCGUUAUCAAACACUACCCACCACCGUCUCUGCUAGGAAGCUCGCGGCGGCUCUUUGGGAAUUCAACCAUUACUUCCCACUCUUCCAAAUGCAUAACGGUGGUGCCGCCGAUUCGAGACUUCUCCGCCGCCAUUAUACACUUCACAAAGACAAAGCUCAUGAUAUCUCUAAUUUCCUAGUUGAUGCUUCUCCUAGUUCUCCUGAUCAGCCAGCUAGCACAAGCAGUUUGAGGAGACAUGUUGCAACAUCACUGAUGCAACAUCAUCGGGCAAUUGACAGAAACAACCAUGCACUACAACCCCUGUCUCCUGCAAGUUAUGGUAGUUCCAUGGAGAUGACACCUUAUAAUCCUGCAGCCACUCCUAAUAGUUCCUUGGACUUCAAGGGAAGGAUUGGAGAGCCACAUUAUAGUCUCAAAACGUCAACAGAACUGUUAAAAGUAUUAAACAGAAUAUGGAGCUUGGAAGAACAACAUUCUUCUAACAUAUCAUUGAUUAAAGCGUUAAAAACGGAGCUAGAUCGUACGCGUAUCAAGGUCAAAGAGUUGCUUCGAGAUCGACAGGCGGAUCGACAUGAGGUUGAUGACCUGAUGAAACAAAUUGCAGAGGAUAAAUUGGUCAGGAAGAGUAAGGAACAAGACCGACUCCAUGCCGCCGUUCAAUCUGUGCGGGAUGAACUCGAGGAUGAGAGGAAAUUAAGAAAACGGUCAGAGAGCAUACAUAGGAAACUUGCUCGGGAGCUUUCUGAGAUGAAGUCUUCUUUUACUAGUGCUCUAAAAGACUUGGAGCAAGAGAGAACAAGAAGAAAAUUAUUAGAGGACCUUUGUGAUGAAUUCGCUAGAGGGAUAAAUGAAUACGAGCAGGAGGUGCAUACACUGAAACAAAAGUCAGAGAAGGAUUGGGUUCAGAGAGCUGACCAUGAUCGUUUAGUACUCCAUAUAUCUGAAUCGUGGCUGGAUGAACGAAUGCAAAUGCAACUGGAAGCAGCUCAGAAUGGUUUUAUGGAUAAAAAUUCCAUAGUCGAUAAAUUAAGCCUUGAAAUAGAGACUUUUAUUAAAGCUAAACAAAAUAGUAGGAGUGCAGAAAAUCAAGUGAUAAGGGAUCGCCGAAAUUCAUUAGAGUCUGUACCACUGAAUGACGCCGUUAGUGCACCACAAGCUAUGGGUGAUGAUGAUGAUGACGAUUCUGUAGGCAGUGAUUCACAUUGUUUUGAGUUGAACAAGCCAAGCCACAUGGGAGCUAAAGUACAUAAAGAAGAGAUCCUGGACAAAAAUCUCGAUGAGACGUCGAAAUCCAAUGUCAAGAAGAAAAAAUCAGUUCCAGGAGAAGGGUUUAAAAAUCAUAUCCCAUCUAAUUCAAAUAAGAAGUCCCAGUCAGUUGAUGCCGAGGAGGGGUUGACCACAAAUAUAAGGCUAGUCGAAGGAACUAGAAUAUCUGAAGAGCCUGAACACUUUGAAAUUAGUGAAAGUGGUGGUUUUGAAAGAAAAAACAACUUAAGUGAAUUGCACAGCACCAGUAAAAAUCACAUUAUUGAUAAUCUCAUAAGGGGUCAACUUUUGGCAUCAGAGAGUGGUAAAAAUAACAAACAUGCCGAACAUAAUAAUUAUGGUGAAGCAUCUUGCAGCAAUGCUGGAUGGAGGAAUCAGGCUAGCCCUGUGAGGCAGUGGAUGGCAAGUCUUGAUAUAUCCGAGGCUUCCAAAGUUCAUUCCGGAUCAAAAGACAAUACAUUGAAAGCAAAGCUUCUCGAAGCAAGAUCAAAAGGGCAACGAUCACGUUUGAGGACCCUCAAAGGGUCCUUUUAGGGGUUUAAGAAAUCAGAGAAUUUGGUAAUAAGUUGGCCAGAACUUGAAUCUUGUUGAGGGUCGUCAUUAUGAGUACAAUUCUGCAUUCUCUACUUGUGUCUCUCUUCCUUCCUUGUGGAGUUUUUGCUUUGUUCAUAACUUAACCGUGUAUCUGUAACAUAUUUCUUGUUGGGGGUUUAUUCUGUAUACUAUGUAGAUGUUGUCAUGAUAUGUAGCUAAAAGAAUCGAAUCGACUUAUGAGAAGUAAAGACAAUUAUACAAUUUUGGAUACCUUCACCUACUUUCA